CACGGGAGACUUCUACCAGUAGAGGUACAAAACAAACACAUUUGUCACGUAUCUGCACCAACACCUCCAUUAAUAGUUGAGUUCUUCAAUUCCCCAAACUCAGCCUCACACCAACAUCGUUAUCAGUUGCAACUACCAAGAAACUCACCAAAGAUGCAUGCUGCGGCAUAGGUAGCACACGACGGUUGUGCAGCUGGUUUGCUGCCAUGGUUGCCGAGAUGGGAGAAGCACCAGCAGCAACGGUGGAGGCAGGAGGCGGCCAUGGCGAGGCAGUGAAGGUGCUCCAGUCGCUGGCAUCGUCUUCCCUGGCCUGCUCCGUCCCACAGCUCCCGACCAAGUGGAACGCCGUCAAGGACAAGCUCCAGCAGCUCUGCUCCGGCCUGAAUUUGCUGCGCAAUGACGGCGACGGCGAGGAGGAGAGGGAAGAGCACCAUGUGCUGGUUCAGUUUCUGCAAUCUGCCUCUGCCACCGUGAGCAGCAUCCUGGCCGUUGCCUUGCAGUGCGGCGACGGCACGUACAAGGGCGGGAGGCUCCGUCUGAGGAGCGACAUGGACAGCCUGAGCGCCAAGCUGGACGCCCACGUGAGGCAGCUCAAGGAGAUGGCAUCCUCCUCCUCUGGCGCGCCGGCGCCGUCGCAGGCCAUCGUCGCGGUGAGGCCCGGCGCCGACGCUGGCGUGGGCGAGAAGAGGUUCUUCCUCAAGGACCUCUUCUCCAGGAUCAGGGUCGGCGGCCCCGUGCAGCGAGCCCAGGCGCUGUCCACCAUCGGCGAGCUCAUGUCCGAAGACGAGGCAUGCGUGCGCGUCGUCGCUCUCGACAUCGACGACGGCGUCGCCAUGCUCGCCGGCUUCCUCGAGUCCCAAGACCCACGCAUCCAGGAAGAAGCCGCCGGCGCCGUAGCCGUUGUCGCGAGCUCAGACUCAUACAGAGGAAUGCUGGUCAAGGCAGGCGUGGUCGCGCCGCUCGUGCAGCUGCUGGAGAACGCGGCCGCGGUCGCCACCGCGCGCGCCAGGGAGAGCGCGGCGCAGGCGCUGCGCGAGCUGACGGAGAACUCGGACAACGUGUGGGCCGUGUGCGCGCACGGCGGCGUCACCACGCUGCUGCGCGCCGUGGCCGACGCCGGCAGCGGCGGCAGGCUGCUCGUCUCGUCCUUCGCGGUGCUCAGGAACCUGAGCAGGGUGGAGGAGGUGAAGGUGUUCAUGGUGGAGCAAGGCGUGGUCACCGAGCUGGUGAAGCUCUCGCAGAAGAUGGAGGAGGUCCGGAAGCUCGGCGCCGUCGAGCUGCUCCACUCCAUGGCCCUCGACGACGCCGACGUCCGGGAGGAGGCGAUCGGCAUGGGGGUGAUCCAGUCGCUGCUCCAGCUGAUAUACCCUGACCUGCCUUACUCUUACAAGGCCAGGGAGGUCGCCCUCGCCGCCAUCUGGUUCUUCUGCUUCUCUUCUGCCAGCUCCAUUGACGACCUCACCAGCUCAGACGUCCUCGGGUGGCUCCUCUUCUACCUCAACAAUGGCGACUACGCCGUCCUCGAGUGCACAUUAAAGAUUCUGAGGCAUCUCUCCGAGGUUUCUGAAGAAUACAGCAGGAUGAUGGGCAGAGCAGGGUAUUUCAGUGCCCUGGCAAGCUUGCUCGGCGCGAAAUCUUUCCGGGUUCGCGAGAUGGCGGCGCAGGUGCUCUCCAGCCUGCUGUCGAACCAUCCGAACCGCGUCAUCUUCAUCCAGGACGGCGAGAAUCUGGACAGGCUGCUGCAGCUGCUCGAUCCUUCCGAGGGCAAGCUGAUGGCGAAGGGCCUGAUCCUGUCCGCUAUCGUGUCCUUGGCAGAGACCACCAGCGGGAGGAAGAAGAUCGUGUCGUCGGAGCAUUUCAGUACCCUGAAAGAGCUGGCCGAUUCCGGGGACUAUGAUGCGAAGAAGGUCGUCAAGAAGAUUGCCAAUAACAGACUGCAGUCAAUGUUCAGCAAGAUAUGGAGUGCUUAAGUUAUUUUCUGACCACCCCAGAUGGCUUUACUAAACAGCCCCUUUGAUUUAGCUUUAGUGGAUUUGAUUUGAUGUCCAUAGUUUCCUCUACUUGCCAUAUCUAUAUCCAUCAGGGUGAUUUCUUUGUGUUGUACAUUGCAGCUUCAGUGAAUUUCAAGUUUUGCCAUCA